AUGAAGGUGGCAGUUCUGUGCUUAUGCCUCAUCAGCAUCACUGCUGCAUGGCCAGUGAACAAAUCCAAGCAGCAUGCCACGUCUGCCAGCUCAGAAGAAAAACAUGACCCCCGGGGCCAUCACUCACACAGACAUCACCACCACCAGGUGAAUCCUCAGUCUUGGGAGAGUCUGCAGCAACCACAAGAUGACCUGGUAUCACCUCAGCAGGCUCUUUACUCUUCAGAAGAAAGCAUGGAUGUCCCAGUACAACCGGACUUUCCUAGUGUGUCAAGCAAGAGCCAUGAAGAUACAGAGGAUGAUGACAACGAUGACAGCGAUUCCAAUGACACGGAUGAAUCUGAUGAGGUCACCACUGGUUUUCCCACAGACAUUCCAGUAACUGUACCCUUCCCUCCUUUCCCUUUCACCCGGGGAGACAACGCUGGCAGAGGAGACAGCGUGGGCUACAGGGUGAGGGCAAAAGCCGUGGCUCUGAAGUCCAGCAAACACCUCAAAGCUGCAAAAAAGCUCGUGGUGGGUGAAGACAGUGAGGAGGAUGAGAGCACCUUGGAGGCAGCCAGCCAGCAAGCAGAGCUCUCCCAGGAGGCUCGUGCUGCCCAAGGCUUCCCAAGAAAGCAUGGAAUCCGUGGGGAAUGGGCUGACAGGAGCCACCAGCAGGACAGCAGCGAGCUAGACGGGAAGCAGCGUGACUGGAGCGCGGAAAAUGACAGCAGGCAGAAAUUCAACAGCCACGAGGUGGAAAGAGAUGGCAGCAAGUUUGGUGCUAGAUGGGACAGCCACCAGAGCAGGGAAAGCAGGGAGAGCUUUCCAGCUGGGAUCCCUGAGGAUAACAGCACCCAAACGCUGGAGAGUGCCGAGGAUGCCGGCGAUCACCACAGCAUCGACACCAACGAAGUCACCCUCUGA